AUGAAAGCCAUUAGUCCCGUCCGUUCAGGGAGGAGCUGCUACAAAGCCGUGUGCUGCAUUUCGGAGCGCAGCGUGGCCAUCGGCCGGACGACAAAGCAGCAACAACACGCGUGCGUGGAGGUGCCGCCGGGUGACAUGAACGACUGCUACUCGCGCUUGGCGGCGCUCGUGCCCAGCAUCCCCCGUAACAAGAGUGUGAGCCAGGUGGAGAUCCUUCAGCACGUCAUUGACUACAUCUUCGAUCUACAGAUCGCCCUUGAGGCCGAAGAAACUCCGAGGCUUUUGUCAAUAAAGACUGCUGACCUGACCAGAACUUUCUCCAAAGAUGAAGGGCGUUUGUGCCAUUAG